ACAACCAUAAUAUGGGAAGCCCAGACCGGCAAGAUAGCCCAGCAAUUCGCCUUCCACAGCGCACCAACUCUUGACGUUGAUUGGAAGUCUGUCAACACCUUCGCCUCCUGCUCCACAGACACUAAUAUCCACGUCUGUCAGCUGGACAGGAAGACCCCCAUAAAGACAUUCCAAGGUCAUGAGAAAAAUGAGAGGGCGAGAUGCCUAAAUCGCAAGUACCAGCUGUUGGCUAGCGCUGACUGGUACCACUGCUCGUCUACGACAUAG